AUGACUGCACUCCCGACAAAAGUCACUCUCCUAUUUGCUGUUCUAGCGGCCUUCGGAGAGACAGCUCCAUGGGCUCCAAAGAACACGCAUUGGCAUCAGCAAAGUACCACCGGAAAAGCUAUCUACUACAUCACCAAUGAAGCGGAGAAUGCAGUCGUAGCACUGCCAAUUAAAAGAGAUGGAAGCCUUGCGGCUGGAAAGUCCACCAAGACUGGCGGCGCUGGAGCAGUCAUGAUCCAAGCAGCAACGGGGAAGCUUGAGCUUCCUGAUGGCCUGUCUAGCCAAUCGUCACUCACUCUUGUUGGCAACAACAUUUUCGCUGUGAAUCCCGGUUCAAACACUGUGUCUAUGCUGGCCAUCGAUCCGGCCGAUCCAUUGUGCCUGACUGUUGUCGGUAAACCCGUCGCCGUACCCGGUGAAUUCCCAAACACAGUCGCCGCCUCCGCAAAGAACAACCUUGUAUGCGUUGCUACGACCGGAGCCGUAGCCGGAGUAUCAUGCGCGUCAUUCUCGCACCGAGGCAUAGGACCCAUGGACAAGCUUCGUCCAUUCGACAUUGGGCAGUCCACACCGCCGAAGGGUCCUCUCAACACAGUCUCGCAGACGUUGUUUUCGGCCGACGAGACGAAGCUUCUCACAAUGGUGAAGGGCGACCCUAUGGUCAACAAGACGGGCUAUCUCUCUGUGUUCGAAGUCAAACGUAGUUGGCGUCGCCAAGCGACUCUUGCCACACAGGAUGUCCGCAGCUCUCCAAAUGGAACGGCCGUACUGUUUGGAACGAGUCGCAUUCCUGGUAGCACCAAUUCGCUCUUCACUACUGACGCUUCUUUUGGCGCUGCGAUCAUCGACGUUGACCACAGCGGCCAAGCUACCGCUCCGCACGAGCAGAAGAUCGACGGCCAAGCGGCCACCUGCUGGGCGACCAUUUCACCUGCUACAGGGUCCGCUUUUGUCACUGACGCUGCCGUUGACCGCAUCGUGGAAAUGAAUGUGAAGGACGCCAGCAUCAUCAAAGAAUAUGAUCUGUCGGCGAAUCGCGACCCGGGGCUGCUGGAUCUGGCAAGCGCUGGUAAUUUCGUGUAUGCUUUGUCGCCUGGUAACGGGACGACAGACCCAGCCAUCACUGUUUUGGAUGUCUCGGGUGGUCAAGGCUCGGCGAAGCAAGCUCAGCGCUUCAGUCUGUCUGGAUUUGCAACUAGCUCCGCACAAGGAAUGGCGGUGUUUUUGUAA